UUGAUGUAAAAGUCGACGCCAUUCUCCACCUAGAAAGAGCAUUGUGGCAGAUUUCACUGGCGAUUCUAUUUGCAUUAUUUCAGUUCUUUCUCCAGUCAAUCUGGCCGCAUUCGCUCAGCUCGUCUUCAAUCUUUUGGGAGUGGAGACGUCAAUUAACAUCUUUGCAGUUCGUUCUUCGGAUAGCACAGAAAUUCUGAACGCUCUUGCACUGGGCAUCAUUAUCAAGGAGGCUUCAGUUCUUUCUCCAGUCAAUCUGGCCGCAUUCGCUCAGCUCGUCUUCAAUCUUUUGGGAGUGGAGACGUCAAUUAACAUCUUUGGCCUCGACUACAAUUCCUUUAGCUCCAUGCUGAUAGUCCGUCUUCCAGAAAACGCUUUGCUAGCGCUUACACUGGAUUCCAGCAGGGUGAGCAUGCUUAAAAUCACAAAGUUCAUAGACACAAUAACUGAAGCAGUCGACGAAGUCUGCGAACAGUUAAGGACGCGUAAUGAUUUGUCGAAAGGAGAGAUGGAGAUUGAAAAGCGUCUUCUUUUGUAUGGAUGGGAUUCUUUUCUUCAACAAGGUGGAGUUUUGCGCGUGCGGUUGCUGUUCUCUCCAGGCAGAUCUCAUUCAGGAAUAAUUGACAUCACCACUGGUUGGCUAGAUCAAAUAGACGCGGUUCUAUCUCGAGCGCAAGCAACAUUGUCCACAAGGAAGUCGGAUUUCGGCGUUUCGUUAGCUCAGGAAAAGAAUGUCAUGAGCAAGAUUUGGCACGAAAUGGUGGCUCAAACCAGCUCCUCGUGUGAUGACGACUCAUUUAUUCAUUGUCCUGAGUGCAAACUGUACUUUCACAAUGAGGAUACGGAUUGCAUACAUACCGCAGUAUUUCACAAUAAGUCAAGAGAAUGCGAAGAGGCUAUUGAAGGAUUUUUAGGUCACUUGACCCUUAGUCCGCCUUCAACUCUAGUCGACAUAUCACAGUUUGAAAUGAAUGUCUUUUUUUUAGAAACCAAACUGAAAGCUUUGAAGGACUCCAGGAAGUCAACUGCUAAACAGUUUCUAAACGACAUUGCCACAUAUAGGGAUCAGCUGGAAUUUCAGCUGUUCCACCUUAUUACUGCUGGCGAUCCUCAUUCACAAGGAUUUGAGGACGAUAUCUCUGACGCCGCUAUUACUGUGAACUAUCUAAGGAGAAUAGUUGCUCCGCAGACUUGUGCUGUCAAUAAGCAAGAGCUUUUGCACCUUGUGAAGGACGACCACGUUCAGAAGUUGCACGAAUCUGUGGCUGAAGAGCGAGACAUUGAAGCGCUGAAAUUGAAUGGUGUCCAGGCCACUAACAUAAGGGAUUACGCAACGCCGCUUUCAAUCCACACUUGUCUUAUCAGUGUGUAUGGACGUCUGCAAUUCGUCGAAGAAAAUAAGACGGUGUUUCUACCUGAUUUAUUGGGAGGGCAGACAAGUAAGUUAACUGCAGUUGCUCACUGCCGCUUAAUCGAUAAAAUCGUUGACUCCGAAAAGUAUAAAUAUUGGGUGCUGUACGGAGCUGGGGAGUGCCUUUCUAUUUAUAAUAUAGAUAAACAUUUUGGCGUGAACCGGUCCACGGCUAUACAUAGUGUGUUCCCAGAAUUAGAACUGCAUGACUUACCUGGUGCAGUGACACGCUCUUCAUCGACUUCUUCUAAGAAAUUACAGUGGAACGCCUUCGGAUUCGAUACUGGUCACGUCGUUCUUUCAGUGUUCUGUGUUGAAAGUCGAACUGUGCACAGGAAGCUGAUAAAAUUCUCUGGACCAAUUUCUAUUCUUACGUUUCUCCAGCGUACCUCAUCAGACUCACAAGGGUUAGUGAAGGAAGUUGAUGAUACGAGCUAUCGUGAUGAGGAAUUCAUUGUAAUAUCUUCGACCCUUGGUCCAGUUGCAGUGUGGAAAUGCUUCUAUGAGGCUGAGGGGAUCGAGGGCUUUCUGAGACCGUGGCGCACGAUCGAGGUAGGGUCUACUCCAUCUGCCGCUAAUUAUCCAGAAAUCAAUGUUGUCGCCAUUGAAUUGGAAAACGAUAGAUUUCGAACUAUGGAAUGUUAA